AUGUCGCAGGCCCAGGACGAUCCCGCGGCGGUUCUGGAACUGUUCGUUCACGAUGUGGCGAACCUUCCAGCUGAAAUCAACCAUCUGAUGGAAGAAAUUCAGGCCAAGGACAAGAUCAUCCAAGAAUGCCGCACGACCAUCAACUCCCGCGACACCAGUCUCCAGAAAUUCAUCCGAUUAAACGGCAGCUUAACGCCCAACCCGAAGGAAGAACAAUACGGCAAGGCCAUAAUACAGAACCUCGACAAGUCUCAGCAGCUACAGGAUGAAAAGAUCCAACUGAGCGAGAAAGCGUGUGUGUUGCUGGACCGACAUAUUAGGAAACUGGAUAUCGCAAUCCACAAGCUGCAAAGUAACGGCAUGCUCUCGAACGACCCUCCCAUCCCCUCCCUUUUCAACAACAAAGACCAAUAUCGCGACCCUCCCAAGAUCUUCUUCCCCGAUUCCACCGUCGAAAAUUCCUCCUUCCCGUCUCCUCUCAAUAGCGCCUCCGCAAACGCCAAUGUCAUAUUAGGCGCCACUCAGAAGCUGAAUUCCCUGGGCCGAAACGCCGCCGCACUCGCCCUGAACUCCCCGACUGCUGUGCGAAGCUCCGCGCCAGCAACCCCCUCAGGAACAAUCCACUUCCAACGACAACAGCGAGAAUCAUCCGCCGGCGCAGUGGAGAACAAACGCCGGCGUCUCAACGCUUCACUGGGAACACUUCCUGCGGCCUCGUCCAACCUCCGACAAUCGUCUCUCGGUCCUGGUACACCCAAAGCCGGAACCCCCGCAUCAAGUCGAGCCGGCAGCGCAGGUCCGCGUUCAACAGCCUCAACCAAAAAGGCCUUAACCAAGAAAGUGGCCCCGCACCAACAAGUCAAGAAGAUCAAAGCCUCCGGGCUCAACGGAAAGCACACGAAGCGGUCCUCCAGCGCAAGCGGUCGUCUCAAAGUCAGCGGGACAAAACAAUCACCAUCCGCUGCUGGAGGAGACGAAGACGAGGACGACUCCAUGCUCAGCAGCGCUGAUAUCUCGGAUUCCGAGAACGCCGACGAGGGUAGAAGAGACGAAGACAUGGAGGACGAGGAAGAAGACGAAGGCAAUGAAGAUACCAAGGUUUAUUGUACGUGUCGCAGUGUUAGCCAUGGAGACAUGGUUGCGUGCGAUAACGACAAUUGCGAAUUUGAAUGGUUCCAUUGGAAGUGUGUUGGCUUGACGAGAGAACCCGUUGGAAAAUGGUUCUGUCCACAGUGUUCGGCGAAAUUGCAGGCUUAG